UGGGCCGGGCCAGGCUGGGCAGGGCCGGCCCGUGCGCAUGCGUCCCGGCGGGGGAACCGGGGCCGCCCAGCCGCCCCAAGAUGACCGUGCUGGAAGGGGAGAGCUGCGCCUGGCUGCUGGUGCUUACCUCUGUGUUUCUCUGCAGCCUCUUUAAAAUCCUCCUCCCUUCUUUCUCCUCCGUUAUAUCCAGGCUGCUACAGAAGGAUGCAGAGCAGGAGUCACAGAUGAGAAUGGAAAUUCAGAACAUGAAACAAGAACUCUCGACUAUUAGUAUGAUGGAUGAAUUUGCCAGAUACGCCAGACUGGAACGAAAGAUUAACAAAAUGACUGACAAGCUUAAAACCCACGUGAAAGCCCGAACAGCCCAAUUAGCCAAAAUAAAGUGGGUCAUAAAUAUUGUUUUCUACAUUUUGCAAGCUGCCUUGAUGAUCUCACUAAUCUGGAAGUAUUAUUCUGACCCAGUAACCGUGCUGCCAAGUAAAUGGAUCGCUCCGUUAGAGCGUUUAGUAGCAUUUCCUACAGGAGUAGCAGGUGGCGUGGGAAUUACUUGUUGGCUUGUUGUCUGCAACAAAGUCGUGGCUAUUCUGCUUCACCCUUUCAGCUGAAGAGCAGGAAGAACUCCUCCUGAUCAGAGUUAAUGUGAUUUCAGCUGGAUUUCUUUUGAUUUACUUUUGUUUUCUCCCUCCCCACCAUGGUCUGUCGGGUCUGAUGGGGAAGGGGGAGAGGGAGGAAGAAUUGUUUACCCUCAGAAUUGAGCCUAAGUGAUUCUCCUUUGACACGCAUCAGAAGGGACCCUGCAGCCCUGGAUUGGUGGGCUGCCUUGAGCCGCCAUUCCCAGGCCACAGGUUUGCAGUCCGCUUUAACACACUACAAAAUAUAGUGAGCGUUUCAGUCAGUGUAAACAGUGUAAAUUCGUAGACACAUCCAUACGAAAACCUAAAAACGUGUCUUUUAAAUCUGCCGUUUGUGCAGAGUCAGUAAUACUAAAAGGAUAACACUAUUAAUAAAGCUUCCGUCUUGCAGUUUACGAACCUGAUCUUGGUUCAGUGGAGGAGCUUUGCUUAAGAGCUGCUCAAAAAGGUAACAACUUUAGAACUGUCACUGAGUUCAAAAGUCAGUGUUAGAUUUACUGGUGGUGAUUUUUUUUUUAAAAGUACUGUUUACUGUAACUGGUAAUGUGCUGUUUUGUAUGUAAAAUGUUUGCCUUUUAAUGUGAAGCAGUAUUUCACAAUAAGUUUAAUUUGAAAGGUUGUGUUUAGUUAGAAUUCAAUAACUUGCUUAGGAAGGUGGACCAAGAAGGAGGGGAUAUCAGAUCAAGGGGUUUGACUUAAAUUAUUUAACUGGAGGCAUUAGGAUUUUGCCUAAAGAUAUAGUUCUAUAAAGUCUGUAUUAGUAAUUUUUUCUGGAAAUAAAAGCUUUUACAAAGAUCAA